GUGAGGGUUGGCAUUCAUCCGGAAUAUCACGAAGUCGAGGCCCGUUGCGCCUGCGGGGCGACCUGGAAGACUCGAUCCACCCGCAAGGAGCUCCGGCUCGAGAUCUGCUCCAACUGCCAUCCGUUCUUCACCGGCCGCCAGAAGCUGGAUCGACACCGAGGGACGCGUCGAGCGGUUCACGAAGAAGUACGGCCAGCAGACGGUGGCGCCACCCUCAAGGCCCGCCAGCAAGAGACCCGCAAGACGGCGGCCAAGCCCGCCGAGACGGCGAAGCCGGCGGCCGAAGCAAGCCCGCCAGCGGACACCCCGGCCGCGCCCGCCUCGUAA